AUGAUGAUGGAUGAAAAACGUCAUGUUCGUAUACGUGAACAUGUACAUAAACAUGAUGGGGUGAUUAAUCAAAUUGAAUUUCAAUUUACUGAAGAUUCGUCUGGUGAUGACAAAUUAGAACGUUACUAUAGUUUGUGGUUAACACGCGAUCAUUACAAUAAAGCGAUACGACAUUUUCGUCAACUGGACCCAUUAACAUUUCAGGAAUAUAUCGAUACAUUAAGACCAUUGAUUGCUGGUCACUGCUGUCAAGAAAAUGAAUUAAGACGAGCAUUCGCCAUAAUAGAUGAAAAUCGAAGUGGAGCAAUUGAAGUACAAGAAUUAUAUAAUUUUGUCGGUAUCAUCGGUCGAUCAACAACAGAAGAGAAAUUAUUACAAUUUAUUGAGCGAGUUAGUCAAGUACCUGGACAAAUGGAUUAUAAUGAAUUCAAACAUUUUGUUAGACUAGGUCAUGGACGUGAAAUGCUUGUACAUAUUAGUAUGGAGCAAUGA